AUGCGUCUGCUACUGCUCAGCUUCUUGGCUCUGGGUGCGCAUGCGCAUACCAUUGGCUAUCGCAACAAUCUGUUGGCCUAUGCGCCGGCACGUGGUGAAUUUCCCGUGCACAGCGAACUGGCGCAAGGCUAUGCGCGCUAUCUGGACAGCACUGGAGCCGAGCGUCUGAUUGCCUUCACCUAUCCGGAACCUCUCUACGGCAUUCGCACUACUGUUCAGUCCGAGAAUAGUUUGUUGCGCAGCAGCAGCUCCAAUAAAGUGGAAAUGCAGCAGCAGCAACAGCAUUUGGCCCUCUUCCGUGCUUGGUGUGAACAGCGUUACAAUGCUUUGCGAAUGGAGCUGGAACGUAUGCGCGCCGAGGGCAAACAGCCAACGGCCAAUAUCCUAUCACAAUACGAACCACUGGAGCAGAUGAUCAAGAUGAAUGCCUUUGAAGCUGUGCCUGGACUGACUCCCGAGCUGCAGCGUGUGCGCGAUGAGCAAUUGCGCAUAUGGAACGAGGCGCGCUUGAAGGUGAUCAAUGCUGAGGCAGCGUUGCCACAGCAGCCGCAGCUCAAGCAAACAUUCUUUGCCGCUCAGCCACAGCCACAGCCACAAGCGGUGCCCAAUGCAAAGAUAGAACAGCCGCUGCUCAAGCAGAACAUCUUUACCGCUCAGCCACAGAACAACGUCCCCUUGGAGUCGCCCAAGCCGGUGCAGGAAACCGAGGAGGUGAAGCGUGCUCGCGAGGAACAUCUGAGGCGCUAUAACGAGGCACUGCAGCAGCAACCACAGUCACAGGCACAGCCCCAGCCUCAGGCCACACAGCAACAGAUUCAGGAGCAGCUUGUAAAGACCAUACCCAUCCAGCCCGCUGAGCAGCAGCAGGCGCCACAAUCCGUGGAAGAUACGCCUGAAGUGCAACGUGCUCGUGAGGAACAUCUAAAGCUGUAUAAUGAAGCCAUACUGCGUCAAGCGGCCGAGACACAGGCACAACCACAGGCACAGCCACAGCAGCAAUCCUAUGCACCACUGCCCACAAUUGCUCCCCAAGCCGGCCUGAAGAGCUACAAUCCUAGCAACACUGGAGCAUACGUGCCCGCUCAGACCCCCAAGGCGCAGGCCCUGCAGAUCGACACCCUAAACCAAGCUAAGCUAAAAGCCGAAGACAAAGUCGCUGACAUUUCGGACAAAAUACGCUACGAGGAACGUGAACAGGCCGCACAGCUGGAACUGCAGAAGGAACGUCGUGAGGAAAUUCGUCUGCUGGAACUGGAGCGCCAGCGUGAGGAGAAGCGCCUGCUCGAAGAGCGUCGCAUGCUGGAGGCUGAACGCAUUGCCCUGGAACAGCAAGAGCUGGAGCGCAUGAAUACUGAACGCUUGGAGGAAUCGCAACGUCAGCAGGCCGAGCAGCAGGAGCUGCUGCAGCUGCAACUGAAGGCAGCAGCAGCCGAAGGCAGCUACAACCUACUGGCCAAGCCCCAGGCUGCUCAGCCCAUUACUGCCGCUCAACCUGCUCAGCCACAGACAAUAGCACAACAGCAACAGGUGCAGAAUGGUUUCUUUCUGCGCAUUCAGUCUGGACAGCCCAGCCAGAUUAGUUCACCCAAUCAGCCCAGCUCUGAAGCUUAUAUCCUGGCCGAGCAUAAUCCCUUCCUGGUGCGCUAUGCGCAACAGCCCCAAGCCCAGCAGCUAGUGCAGACGAUCAGCAGUGCCCCAGCAGCCCUGGUUAAGACGGCAGGCAGCGCUGCCUUCAAGAGCUCCACAGGUCUCAGCGAAUGGGAGCAGGCGACACGCGAUCAUUUUAAGGCUCAUGAGAUUGCCUUGGAGCAGCUGCGUCUGGCCAAUCUAAAGGAUGCCAAUCAGAUACCUUGCACUCAUUGA